UAAUAAAUUAUUUUUUGUUGAAACACGGUACCAAAAUGAAUCAGAAUGAGAAUUUCCGCUUGAGAGGCAAAGGACCUUGUCCAGCCGAAACAACGGAGACACAACGUAGCUUUGGUAUACCCUACAGGAAUAAGAAACUAAUUACUCGUGCCAAUCGAAUGGAACAGUUUCUUUGGCAAGAAUUUUUUGACGAAUACAAGCGUCAGAGUUCCGUUAAACCCGACUUGGGACCUGAUCACACCGAAUAUUUUGUGCAAUACUGCAAGGACAAGCCAGUCGAGGAUGAGGAGCGAAUGGAAGUUCGUGUCAACAAGUAUCCAUUGUAUUGCACCUCGGCCAUCACCGUGUGGAAUCACGACGGCGACGUUACAAAAACCUUUAAGACAAAGUAUUCCAUCACUCGACCUCUUGCCGAGUGCAGCGAGAAGUUUGGACCAUAGUAAAUUAACUAAUUAAUUAAUAAAUUAAGUUCACUACAUUUGUCGUUGUAUCAUAAGGCCAACAACAAAUAAUUUAAAUAACUAAUUACUAUUGUAAUUAAUUGCAAUUAAAGUUUGGUCACUAAGCAGUGCGUUGCUUGUCAGCUGC